UUUCGCGGUAUCCAAGCACAAAAUCACGGUUCCAAUCUCACAUUCUUGACUCCUCCGAUCUCAAAAGUUCGGUAAACUUUGAUCAUUAAUGUGAUAUUCUUUCUUAUUUUCUGUGUGAUUCUGGUUCCGAUUUUCUGAAUUCAGUUAACUUGAUUUCGCACUGAGCCAGCUUAUGUAUGUAUUACUUACACACGCAGUAUUUUGCAGCACUUAACUGGGUAUUCAUUCUUUACAAUUAUCCUCAUCCUGUUGGAAUUAAUUGAAUGAUUCACGGAUCGCAGAUUCAUCCUUUUUUUUUUUAACAUAUAUAUAUAUAUAUACAUUUAUUAGCAUAGCAAGUAUCUGGGGUUUGUUUUAUUUUUUGUUUUAUUUUAUUUUUUAGUUUUUGGCCAUCAAAUAUCUGGGGUUUGUUAUUUUUGUGUAAAAAUGUUGUCUUCUUUUUUUUUUUUUGGGCUUCAAAAUGUUGUCUUCUUUGAUAAGAUGCUUUUGUACAUAGGUUUUUAAGUCAAAAUUAACCAUUCAUUCAUAGUACAAAUUAUAAUAUGGUCUUUCUUGUUUUAUCUUUCACAACUUGGCCUUACAGAAAUUGGUUCCAAGGUAAUUUAGUUUUGCUGUUUAUAGGAGAUGAUAGAUUUGAUUUAUUAAAUCAGAUAUGAAUAUGAAGUUAAUUUAGUAAUUUUAUUGGCAAAUAAGUAAAAACUCAUCAUAGAGAUUAGAAGUUGUAUUCUGUUUUUAAUGUUGGUACAUGCUAGUUUUGCAUUUUUAACUCGGUGCUUUAUUUGACACAUUUUUUGUGAUAGAUAUUUAGUACUUGUUAAGGGAAAAAGAAUGAACUACCAAUACACAUUUAUAAAAUUUUAUUCUGCCAUAUAUCAAAGAUUUUUUCCCUCGUCAUGUUUUAUGAUAUUGAGUGAUUCAUGAACCCUUGAGUUACUUCAAAUACACACUUGAUUCUGUUUUUCUUUGUUAGUUUAUUAGUACUAACAUUUUUGUCUGAAAGAUAUAAAAUUUCUACUGACAUGUAACACUAGUUCACUAUGAAGGUACUCAGAUUAACUGUCUAGUCUGUUUAAUUACGCCUUUUAGGGCCUCUUUCUGUUAGAGCUUGGUGAGAAACUCGAGCAAGACCCAUCUGAGAAAUCUAC